AGAAAGUUGUGCAAACUGUAUAAAAGAUUAACGAAAAAAAAUAACCGCCAUCAGUGUAUAGUUUCAUAUGUACGCAAUACAUGUGUGUAAAAAAACGUUUUCGGAUAUAUAAGUACAUACACAAAUAUAAAAUAGCAAAGAGUGUGACUUUGUUCCGAGUUCCGAGAUACCUGAGAUAGCUGAGAGUGUGUUCAGUUGUAGGAACAGAACACCUACAGUUUAAAUAGUGAAAGAUCUUGGUAGGCAUCGCUCAUCGGGGUUGGCGCAGGCGAGAUACCACUCUCUCGACACCGGUAGAAUCCACGAGAAAAUAAAGCAUUAAAAAAAAUAUAUAAAAUAAGACAGCACGGAGUAGAGAGAGAAAAAUAACUUCUGAAACUAGUCUGGUAGUGUGUGUAUGAGUGUGUCGGUUCACGGUGCGUCUGUAGCUGUAGCGAAAAGUAAAAAAAAAACUACGGAGUACGAACACGAACUACUGAAAGAAAGAAAGGGAUAAUAUAUUAAAUAAAGUAAAUCAUCGGCAUAAGAAAGCUAUGGCGGCUGUUGACUGUUAUCAAAAUCAAGUAGAGAACUCAAAUUCAUCGGGAAAUCACACUGAUAACGAUUAUAACACACAGGAGAAUCAGAAUCAGCAGCAGAGACCCGGAACAAUGCAACGAAGCGGUAGUAAUAAUGGUGGACAGUCGUUGGAUCACAAAAAUCAGCAACAGCAAGCGACUGCUGGUAUACCUGGUAUGGAUGAUGAACGAAAAUUAUUUAUUGGUGGGUUGUCUCGGCACACUACUGAUAAAGAAUUACGUGAGCAUUUUGGUAAAUUUGGAGAAAUAGAAAGUAUAACCGUUAAAAUGGAUCAACAUACCGGCAUUUCACGUGGUUUUGCUUUUAUGGUUUUCACUAAUCCUAAAACUAUUGAUAAGUUGCUAGCUUCCGGUGAGCAUUACAUCAACAAACGUAAGGUGGAUCCAAAGCGUGUAAGCAAAAAAGCGCAGCACGGAAAAGUAUUUGUCGGCGGGUUGACCCCAGACAUGACCGACGAUGACAUAAAAGCGUACUUCAGUCAAUUUGGAACAGUAGUAGAGCUGCAGGCGCCUUUUGACAAGACCAAGAACCAGCGUAAGGGCUUUUGCUUCAUCACAUUUGACUCCAAGGACGUGGUGUACAAGCUGCUGAAAGCCCCCAAGCAGACGAUAAACGGUAAGGAAGUCGAUGUUAAGAAAGUUAAAGUAAACCCAGAAGUAAACCGUCAGGGAUUCUGGAACUUCGGGUACGGAUACGGGUACGGAGGCGGGUAUAACUACAUGCCCGAGUACACCAACGGGUACCACGGCGGCUACGAAGACAAUUACAGCAAUUACGAUACUUACCCAGGGUACGACGGCUUCGAGAACCACGCGAGUUACCCAACAACCGCCGCAAAGCCGCGAGGCAACGGCCAGGGACCGCGACAGUUCCAGAGACAUCAGCCCUACUAAUAAUCUUUCUUUAUUUUUUAUUAUUAAACUAAAAUAUAAUCAGCAAGUUGGAUUUAGAGAUUUAUCUUCGAUGACACACAGAAGUGCAAUCAUCUGUCAAUGGGUUUAGUUUCGACAGCACCAUCGUCUUCAACGUACUAUCUAUUAAAUAAUAAUUAAUAAAUUCUAUUGAUCACCUGGCAGGUAUGUCAUCCAGGUUCAAACACAAACGUACUCAUGGUUAAUACGUUGAUCCUUUUUUUUUUUUUUCUUCUAAUUACGAUACAUAUAUUAAUGUAUAUUAUAUAUUAUUCAAUUAAUUAGGCUCUAAAUAUAUAUUAUUCAUACGUGGAGUCUUUAUGUGUGUAACACUUUUUACUCAUUACUUAAUCAUGUCUGUCAUUGUCUAUUUUUCUUUAUUAUUAUAAUUUUUCUUUUUUUGAAAAUUAAUAUGUAGUUUAUUAUAUAUUUCAUAUAUAUACAUAUAUAUAAUUAAGUAAGCGUGUAAUUAAAAUCUACAUAUUUAUUUGAGUAAAUUUUUUCAAUAUUUUUUUUUUUCUCUUCAGCAAAUAAUCCAGUGAUUUAAUAUUUUUUUUUUCUCAUGAUUUCACAAAAGUAAAAAUAACUUUUCAUGUUUUUUUAUCAAUAAUUUUGUUGGAAUUUUUCCAAGACAUAAUUGUAGUAAAUGAUUAAUUAUUCCCUGAUUAAAAACUCCGAUUGAAACCAACGAAUUUCGAUUGAAAGUCUAUCAGAUUUAAAUCGGAACUCAGCGGUUUCAAUCGGAAUUUUUAAUCAGGGAUUGUUAGAGUUGAAUAAAUUACUCAAAUAAAUAAUAAAAUAUUUUAAUUAUAUAAAAUAAAAUAAUAAGCAUUAUAGUAAUCGUAGGAAACCGUUUAUAAUUAUUAAGAAAACAAAGUGCCUUCAGAAAUGCGAUUUUGUCGAAUUUUUGAACGUCUAGUUUUCUCUAUACAAUAGAAUUAUGAAUAUUAAAAAAAAAAAAAACAGAAAAAGAACAUAAAAAAAAAAUAAUUACAUAACAAAAUAUAUAUAUAUAUAUUUUUAAUUUGACAAAGUAAAAAAUUUAUCAGUAAUCAAUAAUAAUUAAUAGUAAUGACUAAUGAAUUAAGAACCGAAAAUCUGAAUGGAUUAAAAAUAUUUUUUUUCGCGCCUUAUUGAACAAAUUUGUGCGGCGUCAACUGCACAUUCUUGUGUAUAUAUUUAUAUGUUAGACUACUAUACACAUUUGAUGUACACUUGUUAUUUUAAUAAUAAUUAAAAUUAAUAUUACUAUUAUUAAUUAUUAAAUUUAGUGUACACUCAAAUUAUAGAAAGAAUAAAUACGUAUUUAUAUACUACGAGAUCUAUUUUGUGCGUGCGUGCGUGAACAACAAUACGAGUACAAGUAAUGUGAUUGCUAAAUAAUAACUCGACAUGUUGAAAAAAAAUUAAUUAAUUAAUUAAUAAAUUAAUAAUGAGGAAAAGAUAAAAAAUAUACAAUGAUAAAUAUGGAAAUAAAUUAAAUUUGUGAUUACUUACUGUUGUGAUUGAUUGAGAAUCCGGAGCAUGAACCAGUGAUUAGAGAUAAUGACAAAAAAAAUAAAUACAUAGUAUUUAAUAUCAUGCAUUGAAUUUUUAAAAAUAUAUUUAUAAAUCUACUGAAUAAUAAAUAUUAAUUUUUUAUCAUCGA